CAACAGUACAUAUAUUAAUAGCAGAGCGCUCCCAAAGGCCAAAUUCCAAUUUCCAAUCAAUCAUCCAACCAGGCAAGGCAACGCGAAUCGCUCUGGCAAUUGGCACCAAUCACUCUGCGUGGCGCCCGCCAUUGAUAUUCCGAUUCUCAUUUCCAGUCAGGCGGAAUCCAUCUUCUCCUUUCUCCGAGCUGCGUGCUUGCGCCGUUUCAUUCACUGUUUGCUUGCGUUGCGUCGACAUUCCGUCGCCGUCUGAUCGUUGCGGCAAUUCGUGUCGUAGGCUGCUAUCAUUUAUUGCGAUCUCGAGUUUACUCGCAGGGCAUGUCGCUGAAUGGGUAUGAUGGCGAAGACGACGACUUGGGUUUGCAUAGAGAUAAGGCUAAAGUUGAUCCUGGGAUUGCUCCAUCUUUGGCUUGGAAACGAAAACUGACUACCGAGGAGAAUGGCCUUUCUGAGUUCGGUCUAACAUUGAGAGAAAAGAUCACUUUGGCACCUAUAGGUUAUAGGAUCUGGCGGCAACUUCGAGCACAGAAAAACAGGCAGAAUAAGCUAUUUCUGGAUCCUUUCACAAAGCGCUACACAUCAUCGUGCCAUGGAGUUCCUCUUGGGGGUAUCGGGUGUGGAAGCAUUGGCAGAAGCUGCAGAGGUGAAUUUAUGCGUUGGCAUCUAUUUUCUAGGAUUUGUGAGGAGAAACCAGUUUUAGCAAAUCAAUUUUCAGUAUUUAUUUCUCGAAAAAACGGCGAAAAGUAUUCUAGUGUACUGUGCCCAAGGAACCCUGAUAUUUUAAAUGGGGAUUCAGCUAGUGGGAUAGGAUCUUGGGAUUGGGACCUGGAUGGACACAAAUCCACGUACCAUGCAUUGUAUCCAAGGGCUUGGACUGUAUAUGAUGGUGAACCUGAUCCAGCUCUAAAAAUUGUGUGUCGGCAAGUUUCACCCUUCAUCCCACACAAUUAUAAGGAGAGUAGCUUCCCUGUGUCAGUCUUCACUUAUACGUUGUCUAAUUUGGGGAAGACAGAAGCAGAUGUCACCUUGCUGUUUACAUGGGCAAAUUCUGUUGGUGGGGAUUCUGGACUCUCUGGCCAUCAUUUCAAUUCAAAAUUUCGGACGGAGGAUAACGUAAAAGGUGUUCUCCUGCAUCAUAUGACUGAGAAGGAACUUCCCUCAGUUACUUUUGCAAUUGCAGCAGCUGAGACUGAUGAAGUUCAUAUAUCUCAGUGCCCAUGUUUUGUGAUAUCUGGAAACUCCCAGGGCAUCACAGCCACAGAAAUGUGGAACGAAAUUAAGGAGCAUGGAUCAUUUGACCACCUAAGUGCCGAAGAGAUGUCAAUGCCUUCUGAACCUGGUUCACUUAUUGGGGCAGCCAUUGCUGCUACUCUAACCGUACCUUCAGAAUCCGUUAGAACUGUAAGCUUCUCGCUGGCAUGGGCUUGCCCCGAAGUAAGCUUUCAGGGGGGACGGACAUACCACAGGCGUUAUACCCACUUCUAUGGCACUCAGAGCACGGUGGCUUCAAAUAUUGCACGUGAUGCAAUUUUUGAUCAUCAGCGUUGGGAGUCUGAAAUUGAAGCAUGGCAAAGGCCUAUUCUUGAAGACAAGAGGCUUCCCGAGUGGUACCCUCCCACCCUCUUCAACGAGCUUUACUAUCUAAAUGCAGGGGGAUCAAUUUGGACGGAUGGUUCUCCACCAAUACAUAAUAUGAUUACUAUCGGAAAGAAAAGGUUUUCUCUCGACCGAUCUAAUUCAGUUAUUAGAAACGACGAAGUGCCCGAGCAAAACGACACUGCAGUGAACAUCCUUGAUAGGAUGACUUCGCUACUUCAUGAGAUUCAUACUCCCGUGUCGAUGACUUCUGCUCUGGGAACAAACUUGCUUCAGAAAGGAGAGCAAAACGUAGGUCGGUUCCUCUACCUUGAAGGGACUGAAUACCAUAUGUGCAAUACGUACGAUGUCCAUUUCUAUGCAUCAUUUGCAUUAGCUAUGUUGUUCCCCGAACUCGAACUAAGUAUACAGAGGGAUUUCGCUGCUGCGGUGAUGAUGCAUGAUCCUAGCAAAAUGGCACUUUUACACGACGGAACAUGGGUCCAGCGAAAGGUUCUUGGCGCUGUUCCUCACGAUAUCGGGAUGUAUGAUCCGUGGUUUGAAGUGAACUUCUACAAUCUAUUCGAUACGGAUAGGUGGAAGGACUUGAAUCCAAAAUUUGUGCUUCAAGUUUACAGAGAUGUCGUCGUCACAGGCAAUGAAGCAUUCGCUCAAGCUGUAUGGCCAGCAGUGUAUGUCGCCAUGGCUUACAUGGAGCAGUUCGACAAGGAUGGAGAUGGAAUGAUCGAAAACGAAGGGUUUCCAGACCAGACGUAUGAUACGUGGUCCGUGUCUGGUAUCAGUGCAUACUGCGGCGGCCUAUGGCUGGCUGCCCUUCAGGCGACCUCGGCUCUUGCUCGUGUGGUCGGAGACAAGGGCUCCGAGGACUACUUUUGGUAUCGGUUUCUUAAGGCGAAGAAAGUGUACGAGAAGCUGUGGAACGGUUCGUAUUUUAACUAUGACAACAGCGGCAGCAGCACGAGCUCUUCGAUUCAAGCUGACCAAUUAGCCGGACAAUGGUAUGCCCGGGCUUCGGGUCUUCUUCCCAUUGUCGACGAAGAGAAGGCGCGAAAAGCACUGGAGACAGUUUACGAUUUCAACGUGUUGAAGGUGAAAAACGGGAGGAUGGGAGCAGUAAACGGGAUGCUUCCGAACGGAGAGCUCGACACAUGCAGCAUGCAGUCGAGGGAAGUCUGGAGCGGAGUUACAUACGCAGUCGCCGCAAACAUGAUUCAGGAGGGGAUGAUGGAUGCGGCCUUCAGAACAGCAGAAGGCGUUCAUCAAGUGGUUUGGUCCGAAGAAGGUCAUGGAUACGCUUUCCAGACGCCGGAAGGUUGGGAUGUUGAGGGGCGCUACCGAGCUCUGGCUUACAUGCGGCCAUUGGCGAUCUGGGCGAUGCAGUGGGCGCUGACGACGCAGAAAAGCAUUGUUCCGAAGCAGGAGGAGAAGGGGGAGAUGAAGGGGGACUCAGUGGCGCGGCAACAUGCCGGUUACAUGAGGGUGGCGCGGCUGCUGAAGCUGUCGGACGAGGCGGAUUCGAGGAGCCUGUUCCAGCUUGUGUUUGAUUUCACCUGUAAAAGGAUGCUGGGAUGAAGUGAGAGUUGCUCGUGUAACUCAACAGACACACAACACAAACAAACAAACAAACAGGUACGUAUAGUAUGUCUUGAUUUUUAUUGGGGAGGAUAUGCAGAAAUGAGCCCCAAAACUUGCUGUGUGAUAAUUGGAAGGAUAUAGUAAUUAUUGUUGUGUAGCUUGCUUGCUUGUUUGAUUGUGUGACUACUAUUCUUUUGUUACGUUUUAUAUCUCUACUCUACAGAACAAAUAAAUAAAUAAAUCGAGCUUGAAUCAAAACAUGCAUGUACUA